AUUGCAAUAUGCAUUGCUAACAGCGCCCGAUUAUAUAUAAGCCCGGUGCGGGGCGUCGAAAAUCUCGACUGCACUACCUUAUACCUUCCUCUAUUCUCGUUCGCUGGGUCUAGCGAUGGAUCCCUCUCAUUCUGAGCCCGAUAUCCAGGAGACCGAUACAAUCUCUGAGCUUCCACAGGAUUUGUCUCCUCGCUCUCAUCAUGACUAUUCGCCAAACCGUCUGGGAGCGCCGCUAACGCGCACUCUUAGUCAUGCACAACACGUCAAUGUGGACUUCUUCGACCCAUCAGGAGUACAGGAAUUGCAGCGGACCUUGUCUCGCAGGUCACAAAUCCCUUCUGUUGCCGAGAAGAAGGGUGAGGGCCUCGGGCCCUCCAUCAGCCGUCGUCUCUCUCGCAUUUCUCGAGCGUCCCGUGUGUCGGAGGCGAUAUCUGAGCUCACGCUCAUUCCGACCGAGGGCCCUUUUGACUUUGAGAAGACUCUUAAGAACAUGGUCAGGAGGAUCGAUCAAGCAGAUAUUAAGAAGAGAGAGUUAGGGGUCGUUUUCGAGGACCUUCGGGUAGUCGGCUUGGGCGCAUCUGCAACAUAUCAGCAGACGCUGGGUUCCAUGCUCAAUCCACUCACUUACGUGGAAUUCAUCAAGCAACUUCGUCAUCCGCCUGUUCGGGACAUUCUUAGCGGCUUUGAAGGAUGCGUACGUCCUGGAGAAAUGCUCUUGGUUCUUGGCCGUCCGGGCGCUGGAUGCAGCACGCUCUUGAAGGUGCUCGCGAAUCAGCGAACGGAGUACCAUGCGAUAUAUGGUGAUGUGCGUUACGACACAUUCACGCCGGAGCAGGUUCACAAGCAUUAUCGCGGAGACAUUCAGUACUCUCCUGAAGAUGACGUUCACUUCCCUACCCUGACUGUCAAAGAGACGCUCGACUUCGCCGCCAAGACGCGCACGCCGCAUUCUCGAAUCCACGAGAGUCGCGAGGAGCACCGGCGCAUUGUGAUUGAAGUGCUCAUGACCAUCUUCGGUUUAAGACAUGUCAAGGACACGCUCGUGGGAGAUGCGAGCAUCCGAGGUGUGAGCGGUGGUGAGAAGAAACGGGUAUCCAUCAGUGAGGUUCUGGCGGCGCGAAGUCUGUUGACAUCGUGGGACAACUCGACGCGAGGCCUUGACGCCUCUACGGCGCUGGAGUUCGUUCGCGCACUCCGGCUUGCGACUGACAUAGGCCGUGUCUCGUCCAUCGUCUCCAUCUACCAAGCUGGCGAGUCGAUCUACGAGGUUUUUGAUAAAGUCUGCGUUAUCUAUUCUGGCAAGAUGAUCUACUUCGGGCCUGCAGAUCGCGCCCGACAGUUCUUUAUCGACAUGGGUUAUGAGCCUGCCAACCGUCAGACCACUGCCGAUUUUCUUGUCGCCAUCACGGACCCCAACGGACGCAUUGUCCGGAACGGGUUCGAGUCGCGGGUGCCGCGAACCGCGGACGAGUUCGCUCAGUAUUUCAGGGAGAGCGAAUUUGGGCGGAUGAAUAGGGAGGACAUGGCCUCCUAUAAGGAGGAGGUACACGGCCAGCCGGAUCGCGCAGACCAGUACAAACAGAGCAGCAAAGCGGAGCACGCAAAGACAACUUCAAAGAAGAGCCCGUAUAUCAUCUCGAUACCGAUGCAGGCUCGCGCGUUGAUGCUCCGGCGUGUGCAGAUCAUCAAAGGCGCGGUUGCCGCACAGGUGGUCCAACUCAUGUCGUUCAUUCUGCAGGGUGUCAUUGUAGGCACGAUCUUCUUGAGGAUUAGUGACUCUACAACAACAUUCUUCUCGCGUGGUGGUGUGCUGUUCUUUGCACUUCUGUUCUCGGCACUCUCGACUAUGGCUGAGAUUCCUGCCCUCUUCGGUCAGCGCCCAAUCGUCUUGCGGCAUUCCAAGGCAGCCAUGUACCAUCCAUUCGUGGAGGCGCUCGCCCUCACCUUAGUCGACCUUCCCAUUUCAGCCGUCACAGCCAUCUGUUUCGCCAUCAUUCUAUACUUCGUCGUCCGCCUACAGCAAACUGCCGCACAAUUCUUCAUUUUCCUGUUGAUAACCUACUCCAUGACUCUUACGAUGAAGGCUUGGUUCCGCGCGAUUGCCGCUGCAUUUAGGAGCGCGGCUCCAGCGCAAGCUGUUGCUGGUCUGUCGACGCUGGUUUUGACGCUCUACACCGGCUAUACGAUCCCUCAGCCGUCGAUGAUUGGUGCAUUGCGGUGGAUCACAUACAUCAACCCCCUGAAAUACGGAUUCGAGGCGCUGAUGGUGAACGAGUUCCACACGGUUAACGGCGAGUGCGCAUCGCUCGUUCCCUCGGGCCCCGGAUACGAGAACAUCUCGCUCGCGAAUCAAGUUUGUACCACCGUCGGCUCGCAAUCCGGUCAGUCGACUGUCAAUGGCAUGCUGUACUUGGAGAAGUCUUUUGGUUACUUUUACGACCAUCUGUGGAGAAACUUCGGUAUCAUCUGCGCUUUCGCUUUCGGUUUCAUAGCCUUCCUGCUCAUGCUCACGGAGGUCAAUACUGGCCUUGCGGGCGACAGCACGGUGACGCUAUACAAACGUGGCUCUAAGGUUAAUGCCUUGGAGCAGGCCGACUCUGCCGACGAGGAGAAGCAAGGUAGCAGGGAUAGCGUGUCAACGCAACAUGGUAUCGACAGCGACGACGUUGACACGAAGCAGGCUUUGAACGAGGCCGCCGCUCAGAGCAGUACGUUCUCGUUCGAGAAUUUGACGUACGUCGUGAGCGUCGGUGGUGAACAGCGGACACUGCUCGAUAACGUGUCGGGGUACGUUGCCCCAGGCAAAUUGACUGCCCUUAUGGGCGAGUCUGGUGCUGGCAAGACGACCUUGCUUAACGUGCUUUCCGAGCGCACGACCGGCGGUGUCGUCACCGGUAAUCGCUUCUUGAACGGUCAACCUCUCCCUGAUGACUUCCGUUCUCAGACCGGUUAUGUACAGCAGAUGGAUACUCACUUGCCAUACGCAACCGUUCGCGAGGCAUUGCUCUUCUCCGCCAAAUUGCGCCAGCCCGCAUCCGUGCCACUUGCGGAGAAGGAGGCGUACGUCGAGAAGUGCCUGAAGAUGUGCGGUCUGGAGAAUCAUGCAGAUGCCAUCGUUGGCUCGCUCAGCGUCGAGCACCGCAAACGCACCACGAUUGGUGUCGAGCUGGUCGCGAAGCCGUCUCUCAUUUUCUUGGACGAACCGACGUCUGGUCUUGACUCUCAGAGCGCAUGGGCUAUCGUGUGCUUCUUGCGGCAACUGGCAGACAGCGGGCAGUCGAUUGUAUGCACUAUCCAUCAACCGUCAGCUGAACUAUUCGAGGUGUUUGACAGGCUUCUAUUGCUGCGCAAGGGUGGUCAGACCGUGUACCACGGGGAUCUGGGCCGCAACGCCAUUACUCUGAUCAACUACUUUGAGAGUCAUGGUGGACGGCACUGCGGUGAGGCAGAGAACCCCGCGGAGUAUAUUCUCGAAGUUAUUGGCGCGGGUGCGACUGCGAGUUCGGACAUCAACUGGUACCACAUGUGGAGGAAGUCUCAGGAGGCUCAAACGUUGGUGCAAGACCUUGACGCCAUUCACGUCGAGGGUCGUCAACGCCCAGUUGCCGAGUCGUCCACGCACGGAGAAUUUCCUACAAGCUGGUGGUACCAGAUGGUCACGCUGCUGCAUCGCGACGCGCAGGCCCACUGGCGCGACCCACAAUACAUGCUGGCAAAGCUUCUUGUCAACGUCCCUGCGGGUCUCGUCAUCGGCUUCACGUUCUUCAAGGCAAAGGACAGCAUUCAGGGCACACAGAACAAGCUAUUCUCGAUCUUCAUGUCUACGAUCAUCAGUACGGCGCUCGCGAAUCAGCUGCAGGUGCCAUUCUUGGACAUGCGCACCAUCUAUGAAGUUCGCGAGCGGCAUAGCCGCAUGUACAGUUGGACGGCGCUGCUCACGUCGCAGAUGUUGAUUGAGAUCCCAUGGAACAUCGUUGGCUCGACGUUGUACUUCCUAUGCUGGUACUGGACCGUGGCCUUGCCGAGUGAUCGAGGCGGCUACACGUAUCUUAUGCUCGGUGUCAUGUUCCCGAUAUACUACACCACUAUUGGCCAGGCCGUUGCAGCAAUGUGCCCCAAUGCUCAGAUUUCUGCACUUGUGUUUAGUUUCCUGUUCUCCUUCGUGCUGUCCUUCGACGGUGUACUUCAGCCAUACCGUGAGCUGGGCUGGUGGCAAUGGAUGUACCGCUUGUCUCCCUUCACGUACCUCAUUGAGGGUAUGGUCGGUCAAGCCAUGGGCAACACCCCGAUCCGUUGCUCUUCGACGGAGCUCGUCAAUUUGAAUCCACCCUCGGGUCAAACAUGCUCUGAAUACAUGAGCACAUACAUCUCGAAUUACGGCGGGUACAUCACCAACGGGGACGCGACCAGUGGGUGCCAAUACUGCGAGUUCAGCACGGCGGACGCAUUCCUGGAGACCAGUUUCAACAUCUUCUACAAAAACCACUGGCGCGAUUUCGGUCUUUUCAUCGCAUACAUUGGUUUCAAUGUUGGGUGCAUCUACAUGUUGACAUACAUGUUCCGCAUCCGUUCCGGGAGCAUGAUUGGAAGCGCCAUUGGCUGGCUGAAGACCCGGAUCGCCAAGAGAAAGUGAUUCAACGCGGCGUGCAUCUAUACCAUUAUCGUUAGACGAUUCGAUCUUUAGACUAGAUAUACCAUAGGGAACGUUGUUGAGACAAUAAUGUCUGCGUUAACGUAGAAGAGGAAGUUGGUCACGGGACAGCACUUAUGCCUUUUUACGAACUUGCAUGUUGGACGCGAUACUCAAUGCAUCGUAGAUCUGUAUCAUAGCAAUUUAAACCUUCUGCUCCUUGUCGCGUCGAGAUGCGUCAUUGUCACAUGGGCGCG